AUGGAAAUCAGCGAUCUCAACCCGGCCGUGGCGAUGGACCGGCUGAGCACCGCCCUGAGGCCGGGGCCGUUUGUAAAUAGCUUGUGUAAGAAACCGCCUGGUGAUAUGAACGAUCCCCGACGCCGAGCUGAGAAGUACAUACAAAUGAAGGAGUUGGUGGAGACCAGAAAUCAAGCUAGGGCCGAAGAGGGGUACAGUCGAAAAGAGUCCGGUCAAGAGCCGAUGAGAAAGACGAACGUCGAGCCCUCAAAUGCUCGCCCCCCGAGAGGACCACGCUACACAGUGUAUACUCCCCUCAACGCAAGUAGGGCCAAGGUAAUGGAGCAGGCCCUCGCUUCGAAGAUCCUUGUGAUGCCGAAGAGGGCGAACACUCCCCCUGGAGCAGACAAGGCCAAGACAUGCCGAUUCCACCGAAACAGGGGACACUCGACUGAAGAAUGCUUAACACUGAAAGACAAGCUCGAGGACCUUAUCAAGCAAGGUCACCUCAAGAGCUUCGUCACCCUCCAAGACCACCAGGCAAGAGGGAGAGCCCAUCAUUCUCGCGAAGUCCCACAGCCGAGAGACCGAUGCCACCGAUCCCGUUCAGCCGAGAGGAGGGACCAUUCUCGACAUUCCAGGGAAGACAAUGGCCGACCAAGGAAGGUGAUAAACACCAUAGCUGGAGGCUUCGCCGGGGGAGGUUCCACCUCUUUGGCACGGAAGAGACACCUCCGGGCUGUGCGAUCAGUGAACAGUGUGAAUCAGCCGAAGACGCCGAGGAUGCCACCAAUAACUUUCUCUCAUCGAGAUUUCCGUGGCUUCGAUCCCGUUCAAGACGACCCCAUGGUGAUUUCGGUUGAGAUGCACAACUGCAUUGUGAAGAAAACUCUGGUCGACCAAGGGAUCUCGGCCGACAUCUUAUAUUGGAACACCUUCGUGCAGCUGGGAAUCCCGGAAGAGAGUCUAGAACUGUACCACGAGCCGCUGGUAGGGUUCUCAGGCGAAAAAGUGAUGAUGAGAGGGUGCAUUGACCUAUCACUCGUUUUGGCUUCGAUCAAAAGUCUUUCCGAGAGAUCAAAAUCCGUUACAUUGUGGUGCAUGCUAACACGUCGUACAACAUCCUACUAG